AUGUCCAAUCCACUAGACACUUUGGAAGACAAUCACGGUGAACUGUGUCGUCCACUUAAUUGCAAAAAGAAGGAAUUAUGUUUACUCGAGGAUACGUUCACUGCAGUAUGUGUAUCCAAAAAAGAACUUCAUAAGUCUGGGGACAUUGUAAUACCAAAAUCAUUGGCUGUUCAGCAACGACGAAUGAAAGCGGACAGUUCGGCCGAUGCACAGGACGACGAUGCCUUUUUCGAUUCGGAGGACGAUGAUGAAGAUCAGGAUGAGUCUAAGUGCCAGGAAUGUCCCGUGGUGAAACCAACGUUCCUCUGCGGAAGUGACAAUCGUACUUACAGCUCACCGUGUCGUUUGGAGUACCAUAAUUGUAUUCACCACACCUCCGUCCACAUCAACUGCAAAGGUUUCUGUCCGUGCAAAGGUAUAGAUUUGCGUACGCAUUCGAAGAAAACUCAACAAACUCAACGACAAAAAUCGCUCAUGGGAAAAGUGGGUCGCAAUCAUGACUUCACCCUUACACCGAGAGAUUUCAACUAUGACAAUCAUCACUAUCGUUAUCUCAAGUAUACCAAGCGUGCUAAGACUCUCGCAUCGGCUAACAGAUACGACGAUAAACAUUUAUUGAGUAACGAAGUUAUGGAAAAAUCAGCAGUAUCAUCACCAAUGAAAUCAACUUAUAACACGGAUUGUCCACCAUCGUCAAAACCAGCAAUGGCUAAUCGACUUUUGGAUUGGUUCUCGGUCGUAAUGGCAGAUGCGAAACAUCGUCGUCAACAUCCUAAACCCAUUGGUCACUUCCCAAUCCCUUGCCAAAGCGAAGUAAGGUGGAUGUUUGGACAUUUGGACAGCGACAGCGAUGGUAGGAUCUCGCUUUCUGAACUUUACGGAUUGGAACAUGAUCAGAACGAGCCAUGCCUAAAACCUUUCCUCGAUAGUUGCGAUACUGACGGAGAUAUUUUUGUGAGCGGUAUGGAAUGGUGCGGUUGUUUUGCUAAAGCUGAACGACCCUGUGCUGCAGUACGCAGACGAUCACCGUUAGAAGUAGCACCAGCAUGCGAUUCCAGAGGAUAUUAUCGAAGCACUCAGUGUCAUCGAGGACUUGGCCUUUGCUGGUGCGUCGAUCCCCAUGGUGUUGAAUUUGCUGGUACCAGAACUCGUGGUACAAAACCUGAUUGCGAUACAAUCGUGAACAAGAUCAGCAAUGGCGGCCUGAAAACGAACAGCGUUGAUUUGGACGACGACGAGGAUGGUGGUACGGAUUCAACUCAGGAUCUUGAAGGUUCAGCCGAUCAACCUUUAGAUUUUUAGGUAGAUCGUUCAACAACGUGUAGGAUGAUGAUAACAGUGAAGAAAGAAGAUGCAAGAUAAGCUAUAAUAAUGGGCAAGUGUAUUAUGUAGGAUAGAAAGAAAAAAAAAAGGGAACAGCAGCGCAGAGUAAUAUUCAUAAACGUGAUGAUAAUAAUAAUGAUGAUGAUGAUGAUGAUGAUGAUGAUGAUGAUGAUGAUGAUUAUGAUGAUAUUUGUGUAGUACUUUGUAAUCACAUGAGCAAUUCCUUUCUCGCGGAUUGUGUUGCCGGUCUAUUUGUCCAUUGACUUUAAGAUCUAAGAUCUGUCGUUAAAAGAAAAGAAAUGAAAAGUUCAUUUAAAGGAUAAGAAAAAAAGAAGAAAAAAAAAAAA